GAAAUAAAGCGAAGCAUUUGUUGGAAACACGUUUUUCACACAGCUUGUCUAUAUUGGUGCAAUAAUUCCUGUACCCAGGCAGCUUAGCUGAGGUUCAGCUCUUUAGUGGUGGGUGCUGCCUCCAAACAGUUACAUGCACAACCUAGGUGAAGAUAUUUCUAUUUCUGUACAGGAAGUGGAAUAAGAAGUGUAGCUGCAUGGCUGCCUGUUCUAUCUUAAUUAGCAAUUGGAGAAAAAACAAAGUGGUCUUGAUUUAAAACGUUGAUCUGUGUGAGUUGUGGUCUUACUGAGAAGGUCUCCUGUAGUCUAUUUAUUACUUAUACAACAGCUUUGUUCUGAGGUGGCCAGUGAUGUGGUUUCCAGCAGUAAUAAUUUCCAGUCUAAGGAAGAUGUUUGAAGGUUUGAGUUUGAGAGUUACUCUUCAGUCAGUCUACUUGGCUUGUUCGUUCUGCGUUCAUUUUUCAGAUUCUUCAGAUUCUCCCAUUCUUUUGUAUUCUCUCGUAUUCUAUUGUCACGAGUAUUAAAAUAUAAAAAAAAGAAGAGAAGGGGAAGCACUUGAUCUCUUAUAAUUUGAUUCAGUGUAUAACUUGCUACUACACAUCAGUAUAUUUUGUAUUUUACAUUUAUAUACAUUUUUGCAAGUAGGUGAAUGAGCUUUCUGAAGUUCUAGAACAGUAACUGCUAAUUAAGAGUACCCAUUUCAUUAGUGUGUUUUAGUAGAUGAGGUUUCUAGCAGCAUUAAGCUUCAAUUCAAUGUUCAGUUGAAGUAGAAAGUGAAUGCAAAAGGUGUUGCCUGUGACAUUUACAUUGUUCUCACUAGGCAGGGGCGCUUAGCCAGCUUGCCAGUUUUCGUUUGCAUUUCUUCUGAGUUUUUUGGUUUGUUUAAGUGUGAGUUAUGGUGAGGUGCAGGCACAGCAAAGUUUUGCAAGAAGUUUAUUUCCCGAAGUAACUGAAUUUGCCUCUUUUUGGGACUUGAGCUGCUGAAUUAUACAUUUCACUUCAGAUGUGUUAAAGGUAGACGUUUCACUCGUGUUUGACUUCUGGGGAUCUUCUUUCAUAUUCUUCACAACCAUACUCAGCAUGAACGUGAUUAUUUUAAUAAUUGUUUCAAGGCAAUAGGGCAGAUUUUUUUUCCAUCCUACAUAACAUUUAUAAUAUUUGAUAAUGAGUAGUUUGGAAAGUUUAUUUAAGAAUCAGGGAUCUCAUAUAUAUAAAUAUAUAUCUGUGGGAGUGUAUACGUGUAAUUACUUCAGAAGUUUUUUUUUUUUUUUUUUUUCUUUUCUUCUCUUUGAUGUUCCUAGCACAGUGCAAGCCUCACAAGUGUUUGUCUUUUGAGCGUAGAACAGUUCAUACUACACUGUGCUUGGUCUUAGUAAAAAGGCUGCAGAGUGAUCCUUUAUGGUCAGAACUGGAUGAACUAAGUUAUUCAUCUCAGUUAGCUGUUUAUUGUGCUUUCAGUGCUCUUCACAGAACUCCUAUUAACAUUUUGACUGUGUCACAGAAAUUAAGGAUAGUAUUUAUGUUCUUCUAAUACAACCUGUGUCCAGUGGCAGGGUUCACAAAGUUAGUCCAUCCCCUGUUCUCCAUGUUUAUAUGUAGUCAUCUGUCUGUCAUCAUUUUGUUUUCUUCUUUCUAAAAUAAAAUGAGAAGAGCUUAAGGAAAUACCCAAAACAUCUUAAUCAAAAGAAAACAGGAUUUUUUUUUUUUUUGACUAUAAUAAACGAGGCAUCAGAUUUUCAUGAAAGGUUACUAUUCCAACUUCAGCAUGUGUAUAUUUGUACACAAAUUGUAUAUCUUUAUGCCAUGAAUAUUAUCUCUGGACAAUUUAGAUAUAAAAGGAGGAUCCCUCCCAUUUGUGCUACAUGUAUGGAUUCCUCGGAGCUGCAAGGAGAACAAGCAGUUGUGUAUCAGUAGUCUUUGCAUCUCGUGCUUCAUGUCUUUUGUUGGCAUGAGUGUCUGUGAUAGCACAGAUAACAGUUUUUCUUCACAAGAAGCGUUACGCAAUUUACAUGCAUCACAUUAUCAUUUGGUGUCACAGUUUCUUUUUCCAAGUUUUGCAAACAGCUGUCACUUUCUAUUCCUAAUGUUGCUUCUCAGCAAGUUAUUACACUAUUAAUAAAGGACAGAGUGUUAUCAACUUUGUGAAUGUUGCUGCCUUGAAAGAUAAAACUGUGUCCACUGAGCUGAGUAUUUUAAAAUGUUUUUUUUUUUUUUAAUCUUUCUCUCACGUUGUAUUUUACUACAUGAAAAUAAUAAGACAGAAGUGUUUUUAAGUUCUUACACUACACACAGAGUUUCUGUUCCUGGAAUUGCUGUGUGUUCAAUGAAUACAGACUGGAGGAAUAGUGCAGCUCACAGAUAUAACCUAUCUCCUUCAGGCUACUUCAUGCAAACAUGCUAAAUGUGAAUACAGGUUGAAGCACUUGAAAUUAAAUAAUUUCUCUAUGUUGCUUGCUCUUGCAUCUCAGUAGAGUAUGCUUUCAUAUGCUAUAAAAUCCAAUCUUUAUGAUUCAGUUGAGUUUCUGUGCUUGCUUCUAGAAGAGUUUCAUUAGCAUUUUGUCAUUUCCAUUUAGAAGCAUCCCAGACUACUUACAAAGCUUCCUGCACAGUAAUGGCAUUCUGUGGUUCCUCUCUACCUUUUUAUUUUGCCAUUACCUGUUGGCAAACCUGUUGGCUUGAGUCUUCUUUAUCUUUAGACUCCCUUUCAGUAGCAACUGGAAAGUUACUUCUUCCACGUAAAGAUGAUUUUACUGCUCUCCGUGCCCGUCUCCAAAUGACAAGAGCAAUAGAGUAGUAUUUAACUGUAAACUGCCUUCACAGGCUUCUCGGAUUUCAUACCCUUCUUUCUUGCUGUGACAGUGUGAGAAAUUGAACGUGUCCUCUUUAAUGGAAACAGCACAGUCUUGCAGCAGAUUCUUGAGGUGACAGCAUGCCACAAAUAUGUCACAAAUCUGUCACUCUUUGCCUAGACAGUUCCAAGCUAGUGCUUCAUUAGUCUAAAUUUUUACCCACUUCUUCAAAGUGUUUUAGCCAAAACACAAGACACCACAAGCUAACUGCUUUCUCCAGGUCAGUUUUCCAUGGAGACUGUUUUCCAUGGUGACAAUAAACUUCUACACUGACAUUUUAUUAACAUUUUGUACAGUGCUUCAAAUGGCGCUUCUCCUGCAUUUCAUUUAAGUGUUGUCUUUACUGCAGAUGAUCCACUGACUGUUUUGUCUGACAGUGCUGUAUCUGUUGUUUUAUUGUAGCUUCUGUCAGCCAUUUAAAUAUGAUAACUAUUUAACAUUUUUUUCAGAUCAAUUAUUCUGAUAGACUCCAGGUUCUGUUCGUGUCUCUUCUCUAUAUAUUUAAGCUUCUGUGGAGAACUAAUGGCAUGUCCUCAGAUAGAUAUUUUCUUGAUUCCAGCUAAGGCAUUACUUUAUACACUUUGUUUUCUGUUAUAUUAAUGUAUCUUUUGUAUGCACAGGAGGAUGGAAAGGUAAAAUACACUAGGAGACAAGCAUUUCUGAGACUUUUUCAAAACUGUUUUCUUUUAUCAUUGUGACAUUUUUUUUUUUCUCAUUGGAUAUAGCAAUGUGCGAGGGAAGGGCUUUGACUUAAACACAUGAGUUAGUGUUUAAAGCCCUUGCUAUAAGGCUGAGGCUUUAUGAAUGAGGAGAGAGAAAGAUUUGUACGUGCUGGGGCUAGAGAGACUUUUUCAGGACUAUGGGACCACGUUGCAAAGACUGGAAUAGGAAGCAAUAACUGUGUUCGUGCCAAGUUCUUGACGAGAAGGAGUGAUAAAAGAACCAGGGGAAGUAGCGGAGGUAAUUUACCCGGAGGAAAGUGUUUAUUUGUAGUUAUGCCCACUGCUUACCUUAGAUUGAAAGUAAUGCUGGAAUUAUUGAGUAGCUAAUUGAAGUGGAGGUUUUCAUGAACUCGAGAUGAAACUUGGAACUGAAGUAUGCAAUGCAGUUUUUAUUUUUUUUUUCUCUUUUGGCUUUUGUCUAGCAGUCCUGUUACAGGCUCUGGUAUUAAGUCUCAGGAAAGAUAUUGGUAUUCAGAAAGUACUAUGGACAACGUGAAAAAUGUUGAUAAAAGCUCUUAUAAUGGUGGAGCUCUGCUUAGAAUGGGCCUCAAUGAUAACAAGGCUGGAAUGCAAGGUUUGGAUAAAGAGAAAAUUAAUAAAAUCAUCAUGGAAGCUUCCAAGGGCUCCAAAUUUUAUGAAAAUGAGCUUAAAAAAGAUCAACAAGUUAACCAACGAAUUGAGAAAAUGAUGCAGCUUAAGGAGAAAAUUACACAACAACAGCUGUUGAAAGCACAGUUGCAGGUGGACAAACUUGUGUUGGAACUGGAACGCAGUCGCAACCUUAGUUGUACUAUUGUACACAUUGACAUGGAUGCCUUCUAUGCAGCUGUGGAAAUGAGAGACAAUCCAGAGCUGAAGGAAAAGCCUAUUGCAGUGGGAUCAAUGAGUAUGUUGUCCACCUCAAACUACCAUGCUAGGAGAUUUGGUGUACGUGCAGCAAUGCCUGGAUUUAUUGCUAAAAAGCUCUGUCCACAUCUAACUAUAGUACCAUUAAACUUUGAAAAAUACAGAAAAGUGAGUAAAGAGGUUAAAGAGAUACUAGCUGAAUAUGAUCCCCAUUUUAUGCCUAUGGGCCUAGAUGAAGCCUACCUGAAUGUAACAGAGCACUUGGAGGAAAGGCUUAACUGGCCUGAAGAUAAAAGAAGAUACUUUUUGAACACAGAAAACACUACAGAAAAAAAUAAAGAGGAUAUAAACAUACCUGGCACAGUUAAUAUAGAUGGAUACUCUUCUUCACCAGAGCUGUUUGAAGAUGGCACAUCUGUAAUGGAUGAUGACUCUGGACAAAGAGAUCAGUCACUGAAAAAUGUAGUUGUCUUUGGAACCUCUGCAGAAGAAGCUGUGAAGGAAAUUCGCUUUAGGAUUGAGCAGAAAACUCAACUGACUGCUAGUGCAGGAAUAGCUCCAAAUACGAUGUUAGCAAAAAUGUGCAGUGAUCGUAAUAAACCUAAUGGGCAAUGCAGAAUUUCUCCAGAGAGACAAGCAGUGCUAGACUUCAUCAAAGAUUUGCCCAUUAGAAAGGUGCCGGGUAUAGGGAAAGUAACAGAGAAGAUGUUAAAAGCCCUUGGAAUAGUGACUUGCUCAGAACUUUACCAGCAGAGGGCACUGCUUUCUCUUCUUUUUUCAGAGGCAUCUUGGCGUAGUUUCUUGGAUAUCUCUCUUGGGCUGGGUUCAACACAUUUGGAAAAGGAUGGAGAAAGAAAAAGUAUGAGCACUGAAAGAACAUUCAGUGAAAUUAGCAAGGCAGAAGAUCAGUACAGCUUGUGUCAAGAACUCUGCAGAGAACUUGCUCAGGACUUACAGAAAGAAGGACUCAAGGGUAAAACUGUUACCUUGAAGCUAAAGAAUGUGAACUUUGAAGUAAAAACAAGAGCUUCAACAGUGCUGUCUUCUGUUUCUACUGAGGAUGAAAUAUUUGCUGUUGCGAAAAUGUUGUUAGGAACGGAAAUUGAUAGCGUUGCUCCUCACCCUUUAAGGAUAAGACUUAUGGGUGUACGAGUAUCAGGAUUUCUAAGUGAAGAAGAGAAGAAAUACCAACAAAAAAGCAUUAAAAGCUUCUUAAAAUCAGGAAAAGAACUCGAUUUUUCAAGGCUUCAGCCAGGGAGAUCCAAUCAAGAAAAUCUCACAAAAAACUCAGAAGCAUCUUCCAGAGGGAGUUUUUUUGAUAAAAAGAGAGCUGCAAGGCAACUGAACAGUAAUAAUCUUUUUCCAAAUGAAAGUGUAGGUAAGCAGCACUUUCAUGGUGUAAAAUCAUCAGCAAAUUUUGUGGAAGAAGCAAACAAGGUCACAGACUUGCAGAAGUCUAACGUAUGUGAGAUUUUCACGUGCCCUGUUUGUUUUGAGGAACAAAGUAGUAGUAAUUUGGAAGAGAUUAAUAGGCAUGUUGAUGAAUGUCUUGCUGGCAGUCUUGUUGAAGAUACUGUGGAAAUAUCAAAAAAUGACUUAUCAAGAGAAAAUACUUUUAACUUCUUAUCACAUUGUAAAAAUGAAAAUAUUGAUGACUGUAAAGAAAAUGUAACAGAUCAAUUAGCAGGAACAGGCCAGUCAGCAAGUACAUCUGAAAACUCUUCUGGCAAUAGCAGAGAUAAAAAAUUCACUCAGAUAGUCUCAGAAAAACCUCACAGAGAAAAGCAGCCUGGUGAUCUCAUUGAUAUUCCUAGAAAUGCAAGCAUAAAACAAUGUCUCUCUCCGAAAAGAAAUUCACAAGAGAAUGCAGUACAGUUUGGAAGGAUGGAUCAUACAGAAGAAACUAGUUCAUCCUGUUCUUUUGAAGCCAGAGAAGACAGUGUUCUUGUUUGUCCAGUUUGUAAUUUAGAACAGAAAACCACCAGCCUUAUGUCAUUUAACAGACAUGUAGAUGUCUGCCUAAACAAAGGUCUUAUCCAGGAGCUGACAGAAAAAGAUGAUUGUUCUGCUAAGACUUCUGAUACAGAAAAUUCAAUCAGAGUUGGAGGUUUAAGCAGAGGACAGAAGUGCACAAAACCAUUACAAGGAACAAAAAGGUCUGGACUAACAACUUCACAGUCAGCAUCAAAAAAGGCUAAGUCAAUCGAUUCCAAGCGUACAAUUGAAAUGUUUUUUAAAUGACAGUGCAGCAGUGUACUUCAUAUGAAGUAUUUCUUACUGUCUUAUGACUGCAAAUUAAUUUAGCAUUGGUGCAGGCUAGAUUCAGAUGGAAUAUGGCUGGAUUCACAUUGGAGCCAUUGUAUCUUUGUUAUACUCUGUAAAAAGAAUGAUAUGUGAGGUAGAAGAAGAGAUAUAACAGGUAAUUUUUUUUUUAAUAAUACUUUUUUAGCUUAUGAAAAAUGUAAUUGCUAGCACUUAAGCGUUCUUUUAUAUUGAACAUGUGAAACUUUGUUAAGAGUCGCAUGCAGUCUCAUGAAUUGUCUUUGCUGUUCAACAAAAUAAAACAGGUUCAUUAGAGCUGCCAUAGAGCAAAUCUGCAUGUCAAGCACCUGAGAAAGAAGGUCUCAUGAGGCAGAGUGUCACAUUGUGCUUGCUGAUGUCCCCCUUCUAAGAUUUGACUUGCCACCCUCUCUGCAAGGCAGGGAGUUGGCAAUGAUAGUUGCUCAAGUUUAUACUUCCUCGGACAAUUGAACACCAAAUUAAUUUGAGUGAUAAUAUAGAAGAGCUAAGCUACUUGAUUUCAGUUCUUGUGAAUGUCUGUCUUGUCACUGGACCAAAAACUGGUUGGUCUUCAAAAGGCAAGAAUUCAGAGCUCAGCCAAGCUUUUAUUGUUACCACUGAAAAUUACUUCAGUAUGAGGUGAUGGACCCACCCCGAAGGGCUCUCUGUGAUGAGAUGCAGGAUGACUUUGCUUGAUACUAAAAAUGUUAAUAAACUGGGUGAUGAGAGAAGGAUUCUUCCAGGCUAGUUGAACAAAUGCUGUUUGAUCCUUGGCCUUUCCAAAGAGACUGAGAACCUCAGUUUUCUUUGCUGUUGUUAAAUCGGUACCUGUUGGUAGGGCUAAAUUUAAUAUAAAUCAAUGUGCAAUAAUAAUAUGAAUAUUGUAUAAAUACGUGCAAUAUGUUGAAAUGAAGUAUUCUUACUGUUUAUCUAUCUUUAUUUAAAAUUAUUCUCUGUUUUUAAAUAAAUUUUAUUUUAUGAGUACAUAAAUGGAAGAAGGAAGUUUUAAAGUUCAAAUAUUUGAAAUACUCUAUGAUAUUCUUCUGUUUACACCAAAUUGCUUAAAUUUAGGUAUUUUAUAAUUAAUUUAUGAUGAUAACAUCUUUCUUAGAAGUUAUACAUACAGUGACAAACCCAUGAUGAAAUAUGAACUUUCAAAAGUGGGUAAUCUGUAAAAUGACUAUGAUAGAAGCUUCUGUUCCAUUGCUUAACUAUAUGGGGAUUACUCUGUGGCUUACUUUUAUUUUUUUUUUUUUAAUAAAUGUGUAUUUUAUAUGUUUUAGAUGCCUAGGCUAAAUUCAGAAUGUAUUUUUUCACUUCCAGAUUUUCUGUAAUGAUUUCAGUGUCUCCUACCUGCUCAUCUCUGUUUGCCAGGUGCCACUGUACCUGCAGAUCUGUUAUUUGAAUUCAUUUCUCCUUAAUCUGCUCUGGACAAAAUAAGCUAGACAAGUUCAUACUAUGCUGCAGUCUGACAGUUGACUUUGUGCAAACGAAGUCAGUGAGCAAUCAGCAUUAGCUGUUCUGCUGACAGAGGUGGGAGCUGGAAAUUUCUGGUAGGACAGACAUAAAAAGAGCUGAAGGAGCAGUGAAUACUGUUUAAAAAGAAAAUGAGCACCUGUCCCUUUAUUGAUUUACAUAUGUCUAAUUUAAUAAAGUGUAGAAUCCAA